GGCCGUGAGUAACCGCUGCAGCCGGGGACUUUUAUGGACAGCACCCCGACGUCAGUCCCGGGCGCUUUUCACCGUGAAGAUGGCGGAGGCUGCCGUCCCACCACUACGCUUUUUCUGCUACAUUUGUAAAAGUGAAACAACCCCAAAUCUCCCGGACUUGGUCUGCCCUAAAUGUGAUUCAGGUUUUAUUGAAGAAGUGGAAGAAAACUCCAGUUUAUUGCAGAACAAUACAUCUUCGCAAAGAUCAGAGCCAAACUCAAUAUUCUCAGAGUUAUGGCAGAUGCUGUUUAUGGAGCGCGCGGCCCUGCUCUCAAAUCCCUCCUCAGAGUCAGAGCACGAUGACAGUGAGGCCUCCUCCGCAAACAGCUCCUCUCUCUCCUCCAUCUCCUUGAUCUCUGACCCACUCGAGCCCAGGGAAUCACAAACUUUAAAUGAUCAGGGGCCAUCAUCAUCAUCGUCAUCAUCACUGUCUGAGGAAAGCCCAGAGGAUGAGGGAGUACUGCAGCAGUUCUUUGCUGGUCUUUUCAACAUUACCAGUGACAGUGCUGCUGCUGCUACACCAUCUAACAGGGACAGGUGGAGAGCCCUUCAAUUGCAUUCAAACCCGGGAGACUAUGCAUGGGGCCAAAGAGGGUUAGAUGCUGUUAUUACAGAUCUGUUAGGACGAUUUGAUAAUGCAGGACCACCUCCAGCAGACAAGGAUUCAAUUUCAUCCCUCCCAACAGUCUGCAUCUCUAAAGAACAUACAGACAGCCGACUAGAGUGCCCAGUCUGCAGGGAGGAGUAUUCUGUGGGUGAAUGGGUCAGGCAACUGCCAUGUCUGCAUUACUUCCAUAGUGACUGUAUAGUGCCGUGGCUGAAGCUGCACGAUACCUGCCCCGUAUGUCGCAAAAGCCUUAGCGGUGUGGACCACUGCCUUUCGUCCUCUCUGUCCUUACGUUCAGACACAUCACCCGAAGAAUCUGAGGAACUAGAGGAUCAGGCCAGAGCAAUGUGCCAAUGAACUUUGCAUCUGACAUAAA